UGGCACAUAAAAAUUAAAAAAAUAUGAAAAGCUCUACACGGAUUUAAUGCUUAAAUGUUGGUAAAAGUCAAUAUACCUAUACGACGUGUGAAACUCUCAUAACAAGAUUUCCCUUUUUAUAUUUCUAACUCACAACUUCACAUUAUAACAAACACCACGCGUUAAAUCCUUCACCAUCCCUCACAUAAACGCAUCAUCAAAUCAAAACAUAUCUUUUUUUCUCUCUCUCAAAAAUGGAAGAAAAGCAACGGAAAAAAUGGGAUUGUGGAAGCACGUUAUACGACUCGUACGAGUUAAACUCGUUCAAACGCCAAAUCGACUCAGCUAUAGCCAAUUCACCAAGAACACAUUCCAUGCCUCAUUUAUCUCAACCUACCAAACUUCAUCUUCAACUUCAUGAAUCACCACCACCUCCUUCUCAAAUCAUCAACAACAACAAUAACAACAACAACAAUAAGUCUUAUUUCAAGAUCUCUCGAACCUUCCAGAAACUUCUCCGCUUCGUUUUCAAGUCCGGUAGCAGUAAAUCAAACAACAGGAUCCGUAGCAGUAGUUUCCGAUCAUAUCCGAAAGAUGAAGAUCAACUUGUUUACGAUAAGCUCUAUGAACCUGAACCUGUUCUUCUUUCCACCAUUCCUGAACUUCCUGAUUUUGAAACCGCUGGUCUUUCGCCGGAUAUCAGUAACUUCGUCAGAAAGUCAGCUUCGGAGCGGUUUACGGCCACCGCCACCGUUGGUGUUUCGUGCAGUGCUUAAUUAAUAGGCUAGUUUUUAUUGCAUGAUGGUGAUAUAAUAGUGUAUUAACAUAUAGUAAUACUAAUAAUGCUGGCUAUAGCUAGUUUCAUGAAGUCAAAAGCGUACUGUAGGAAUUACUACUAACAUGUUGAUAUUAGCGACUAUUUCUGGUUUUAAUAGUUUUAUAUAAGGCGUUGUAAUGAAUCACGAUGCAAUGUUUUAAAUGUUUAAUUUAGAUAUA